GCCUUGUUUGUGACCGCGCGUUUCCCGCCUCUUAAAAUCCAUCUGCGUAACUUCGCUUCUGACAGUUAGAUUAGCAUCUUUACAGAUCAAAAAUGGGAUAUCUGAAACAAAUUGAAAUUGAAAACUUCAAGUCAUGGCGAGGCAAACAAGUUAUCGGCCCCUUCAUGCAAUUUAACUGUAUCAUUGGCACAAAUGGCUCCGGCAAGUCCAACGUGAUGGACGCCGUGAGCUUCGCCAUUGGAGAGCGGGCUGCCUCUCUGCGGGUGAAGCACCUCCGGGACCUGAUCCACGGAGCCCACAUCGGGAAGCCCGUGGUCGGCACCGCCCGCGUCGCCAUGCGGUACUGCGACGACGGCGAUGAGGAGACCGUCUUCUGCCGCACCAUCAUAGGCGAUUCCUCUGAGUAUCGUGUCAAUGGCACUCAUGUCUCUCUGGCCAAAUACACAGAGGAGCUGCAGAAGAUUGGCAUUUUGACCAAAGCUCGAAACUGCCUGGUGUUUCAGGGGGCAGUGGAGUCCAUAGCUUUGAAGGACCCGAAGGAGAGGACCAAGAUGUUUGAGAGCAUCAGUCAGUCAAAAGAGUAUGCUGCACUGUACGAUAAAAGAAAAGAGGCCCUGAUGAAGGCCAAAGAGGACACACAGUUUCACUUCAACCAGAAGAAAUCUGCUACUAUCGAGCAGAAACAGGUGCACCAGGAAAAAAUCGAGGCCCAGAGGUACCAAGUGCUGGUGGAUGAACUUCACCAAAACCGCCUGCAGCUGAUCCUGGCUAAGCUUUACUAUAAUGAGAAGGGCACCGGCGUCCUCAGUGACGCCCUCAGGGAGAAACAGCAGGCUGCAGCUGCUAUGAACAGUAAACUGGUGGAUGGGGAACAGAUCGUCAAAACCAUAAAGAAGGAACGCGGACGCCUCACCAGAGAGCAGCUGCACAUGGAGAAGGAGCUCCGCGCCCAGGAGCAAAUACAGUCCCAGUGCCGGUCCCAGUACGUCAAAGCCAAGGUAAACACCUCCCAUCACGUGAAGAAGGCCGAAGAGGUCCGUGAUGCCCUCAGGAAGAGUCAGAAGUUGAUGGCUAUAAAAGAGCAGGAGCUGGCAGAGGGACGGCAGGAGCUCACUGAGCUGGAGAGAACCUGGAGGAACUAUGAGAAGCAGGAGAAGGGGAAGGGAGGCUCCGUGGGGAGAGACAUCAAGCUAGAUGAAGAACAGCUUGAGCAAUACAAAGAGCUGAAGGAGCUGGCACGAAGGCAGGGGGCUGUCCUCACCCAGCAGGCAGACAAGCUGCACUGGGAGGUAAGAGCAGACUACGAGAAGAUGGCUUUUGACCAGCGCCGAAAGAAAGAAGUGGAGGCCGCUAUCAGGAACAACCAGACUCAGCUGGAAGAGCUGACAAGCAGGGCAGAGAAGCUAGAGGAGUACGCCAAGAACAGCACCUCGACCCUUGAAGAGUACCGUCAGCAGGAGGAGAAACUGACUGCAGAGCUACAGCAUGGCCGCCAGCGCAGUGAGGAGGUGAACCAAGAGCUGGGCCAGGUGUUGGAGGAGCUGGGGAACGCCCGUCUGGACAGCCAGGAGAGCAGCUGGCAGAAGCAGCGCAAAGAGCUGCUAGAGAAGCUCCGCAGACUCUAUCCUGAAACUGUGUAUGGUCGUCUGUCUGACUUGUGCAGCCCCAUCCAUAAGAAGUACCAGCUGGCUGUCACCAAGGUGUUUGGCCGCUACAUGAACGCCAUCGUAGUGGCCACAGAGAAAGUGGCCCGUGACUGUAUCUAUUUCACCAAGGAGGAGCGAGCUGACCGUGAGACCUUCCUACCCAUCGACUACUUGGAUGUGCCUCCUCUGAAUGAGCGACUAAGGGAGGUGCCCGGUGCCAAGAUGCUGGUUGAUGUCAUACAGGUUAACGCCGGUGCUGCUCAUCUGAGGAAAGUGGUGCAGUUUGUCUGUGGCAACACCUUGGUGUGUGAAACCAUGAAAGAAGCAAGAAGUGUGGCCUUUGACAGGCAGAAGCGCAUCAAGACAGUAUCUCUGGAUGGGACAAUGUUUGCAAAGUCAGGCGUGAUCUCUGGAGGCUCCUCUGACCUGCGGGGCAAAGCUCACUGCUGGGACGAGAAGGCCAUGACGAAGCUGAAGCAGCGCAAGGACCAGCUGACAGCAGAGCUGCGCGUGGGUCUCCGCACAAAGUGUCAAAUAUUAAAAGAUUUGAUGAACCUGAAGCGGAAGGAGUCUGACCUGAAACAGAUCAUUGCUCAGGCUCAGGGUACAAAGACUCGCCUUAAAUACUCCAAAACUGAGCUGGAAAACCUUCGGAAGAAAUCCAUCCUUAAAUGCCAAGUGGAUAUUUCUCGUAUGGAGAGUGAAUUAGCGAAUCUGGACUCUCAGAUUCGGAUGCAGCAGGAGAGUGUGGAGGCAAAGGAUGCAGAGAUGAAGACAAUCAGAGACCAGAUCCACGUGAUGGAGGACUUGGUGUUUUUUGACUUCUGUGCCAUCAUCGGCGUGGACAGCAUCAGAAUGUAUGAGCAGGAGCACCUGAAACAGCAGACAGAGCUCGACAGGAAGCGGCUGGAGUUUGAGAGUCAGUGUGCUCACUUGAAUGCACAGCUGGAGUACGAACAAAACCAGCUGGAGCAGCAGAAGAAGAAGCUCCACAAAAUGGAGGAAACCAUCGACAAGGAGGAGAGAAUCGUGGCAGAGCAGAGGAAGGAUGAGCACACGCUGCUGACAGCGGUGGAGGAGGGUCAGAACAAACUGCUGGAGCUGAAGAACCAGCUGCUGUCCAGAAACAGCCAGGUGGCUGCUGCUAAAGUUGAGCUGGACCAGAAAACCCAGAGCAUCCAAGAGAUCAACAAAGAGUUGGUGAAGCUUCAGUGGGAGGUGAUGUCUGCAGAGACAGCCUUGGAGCAGAAACGCUUGGCCAGACACAACCUGCUGCUGGACUGCAAGAUCCAGAGUCUGCCCAUCGCUCUGCUGUCAGGGAGCCUGAAUGAAAUCAGCGAGGUUCAGCUGGACGCAGAAUCUGAAAGCACCUCGGCCACCGUGGACAUCUAUGAGAGAGAGGCACAACUCGUCAUCGACUACUCUCACCUGGAGGCAGAACUCAGGAGUCUGCAGGCAGAGAAGGAGGUGGAGGCCUAUUUGGAGAAGCUGAAGGAGUCUGUCUCCUCUGUAAAAGCGGUGCUGCAACGCACCUCUGCCCCCAACCUGAAGGCGCUGGAGAAGAUGGGGGAGGUGAAGGACAAGUUGCAGGGAGUGACAGAAGCCUUCGAUGUCAGCACCAGAGCAGCCAGAAAAUGCAGCCAGGAGUUCGAGCAGGUCAAAUCCAAGCGCGUGCACCUCUUUAGCCGCUGCUUCGAACAUGUGUCCGUUGUAAUUGAUCAGAUCUAUAAAAGACUGUGCAGGAACAGCAGCGCCCAGGCCAUUCUCAGUGCAGAGAAUCCGGAUGAGCCGUACCUCGGCGGCAUCAACUACAACUGCGUGGCACCAGGGAAGCGCUUCAUGUCCAUGGAUAAUCUGUCUGGUGGAGAAAAGGCCAUCGCCGCCCUCGCCCUGGUGUUUGCCAUCCACAGCUUUCGCCCGGCACCCUUCUUCAUCUUGGACGAGGUUGAUGCAGCCCUGGACAACACUAACAUCAGCAAGGUGACCAGUUUCAUCAGAGAGGAGUCUAGGAACAACAUGCAGAUCAUCGUCAUCUCCCUGAAGGAGGAGUUCUUCUCUAAGUCAGACGCUUUGCUGGGAGUUUACUCAGACUUUGAUGAAUGCAUGUUCAGCCGCAUUCUGACCCUGGACCUGAGACCCUACCCUCUGGUUGAAGACGACAAUGAAAGACAGGACGAGGAGAAGACGGGACAUGUGUAGCCAGGAAUCAACGCGCAUGAAGCCCAUGUGUUUUUUGUUAAUUUGUCGUGUCAGCGGUUCUCAGUUUUCAUCUUCUGACUAGAUGCACGGGCAAAGAAGUUAUCUAAAACAUCAAGUGUUUCCUGUGUUCCAUUUUAGGCUGUUUUACUCAAAAGAUUUUUGUUUUAAAAGAGAAGUCUGUUUCUAAAAUAUCGUGGUUCUUGUUUAUCCUCCUUCCUUCUUAUUCAGAGGUCUUGAAUUUGGGUGUAUUGCUCACUUGUUUUUAUAUUUGUUUUGUGUUAUGCUUUUCAGCUUGACAUUAAAUCUGCAGAGUUGAA